AUAUCCUAUUUCGGUAUUUGCUUGAUUUGUGAUUUUGGGUUAUUUUGCUGCUAUAAGCACUUUGAAUUAGCGUUUCGGUUAGUUUUCUUUAUCUCAACAAAUGGCAGACAAUAAGAAUGUUAUUACUAAUGUGAUUUCGAUGAUGACUAAGAUCACGGAACACAAACUUAAUGGUUCAAAUUAUCUGGAGUGGAGUAAGACUAUUAGGGUCUAUUUGUGUAGCAUUGAUAAGGAUGAUCACCUUGCUAAAGAUUCACCCACUGAUGAUACACGACAAACUUGGUUAAGGGAGGAUGCUCGGUUGUUUUUGCAGCUUCAGAACUCGAUUCACAGUAAGGCCUUCUUUCAGAGUAUGAGACUGCUAAAUCUCAGAUUCUAUCCAGUUCUGAGAUUUCCUCUUUGCAUGAAACGUUCACACGGGUUCUUCGUAUAGAGAGUACCCAAUCUUCACAGCCUGCCAGUAGUGCUCUUAUUAGCCGUAAUCCAAAUGGACAACAGGGUAAUAGAAGAGGAAGUAGAGGAGGAAUUACAGGCAACAGAAGUAAUCAGCGUAAUGGAGAGGCUAGUUCUAAUCAGGACUCAAGAGAAGUCAUUUGUUAUUAUUGCCAUGAGCCUGGCCAUACAAAAUAUAAUUGUCCGCAACUUCAGAGGAAAAAUCAGCGAUCACAAAUGGCAAAUAUGGCAGAG